AUGGACUACACAAUGGAGGAUACACAAAACGCCGCGCCUGACGCGCACGAGGCUUCUAAGCUGGGAUCUUCUGCUCAGCGCAAUGACACCCAGGGCGUAACCAAGCGCCUGCAAUCCGAAUUGAUGCAGCUCAUGGUGUCACCUUCUCCAGGCAUCUCCGCCUUCCCCGACGCCGACGGAAACCUUCUCUCCUGGAUUGCUACGAUCACCGGCCCUUCAGAAACCCCGUACGAGGGUCUUACAUUCAAGCUGUCCUUCUCAUUCCCCAACAACUACCCCUACUCGCCACCGACCGUUCUCUUCAAGACUCCCAUCUACCAUCCGAACGUCGACUUCUCUGGCCGCAUCUGUCUUGAUAUCCUUCGGGACAAAUGGAGCGCCGUGUACAAUGUCCAGAACGUGCUGCUCAGCUUGCAGAGUCUCCUUGGGGAGCCGAACAAUGCGAGCCCUCUGAACGCCCAAGCAGCUGAACUCUGGGACACGAACCAGGAGGAGUACAAGCGCCACGUACUGGCACGGCACCGCGACAUUGAAGACAUCGAAUAG